UCCCCCUUCUGGUCUUGGGACUCCUGGCAUCGCCCCUCAAACAUGACUCGCGAUUUCAAACCUGGAGACCUCAUCUUCGCCAAGAUGAAAGGUUAUCCUCAUUGGCCAGCUCGAGCAGAUGAAGUUCCUGAUGGAGCUGUGAAACCACCCACAAACAAACUACCCAUUAUCUUUUUUGGAACCCAUGAGACUGCUUUUUUAGGACCAAAGGACAUAUUUCCUUACUCAGAAAAUAAGGAGAAGUAUGGCAAACCAAAUAAACGAAAAGGUUUCAAUGAAGGAUUAUGGGAGAUAGAUAACAAUCCAAAAGUGAAAUUUUCAAGUCAACAGGCAUCAACUAAACAAUCAAAUGCAUCAUCUGAUGUUGAAGUUAAAGAAAAAGAAACUAGUGUUUCAAAGGAAGAUACUGAUCAUGAAGAAAAAGCCAGCAAUGAAGAUGUGACUAAAGCAGUCGACAUAACCACUCCAAAAGCUGCCAGGCGAGGAAGAAAGAGAAAGGCUGAAAAACAAGUGGAAAGUGAAGAAGCAGGAAUGGUGGCUGCAGCAACAGCUUCUGCUAACUUGAAAGCAAGUCCUAAGAGAGGACGACCUGCAGUUACUGAAGUCAAGAUUCCAAAACCAAGAGGCAGACCUAAAGUGGUAAAACAGCCUUGUCCUUCAGAGAGUGACAUGGUUAUUGAUGAAGACAAAAGUAAAAAAAAAAAAAAAAAAAAAAAAGGGCCAGAGGAAAAACAACCUAAAAAGCAGCUUAAAAAGGAAGAAGAAAGUCAAAAGGAAGAGGAUAAGUCAAGAAAAGAACCAGAUAAGAAAGAGGGGAAGAAAGAAGUGGAAUCUAAACGGAAAAAUUUAGCUAAACCAGGGGUUACAUCAACCUCUGAUUCAGAAGAUGAAGAUGAUCAAGAAGGUGAAAAGAAGAGAAAGGGUGGAAGAAACUUCCAGACUGCUCACAGAAGGAACUUGCUGAAAGGCCAACAUGAGAAAGAAGCUGCAGAGCGGAAACGCAAGCAAGAGGAACAAAUGGAAACUGAGCAGCAGAAUAAAGAUGAAGGAAAGAAGCCAGAAGUUAAGAAAGUGGAGAAGAAGCGAGAAACAUCAAUGGAUUCUCGACUUCAAAGGAUACAUGCUGAAAUUAAAAAUUCACUCAAAAUUGAUAAUCUAGAUGUGAACAGAUGCAUUGAGGCACUGGAUGAACUUGCUUCACUUCAGGUAACAAUGCAGCAAGCUCAGAAACACACAGAGAUCAUCACAACCCUGAAGAAAAUACGGCGGUUCAAAGUUAGUCAAGUUAUCAUGGAAAAGUCUACAAUGUUAUAUAACAAGUUUAAGAACAUGUUUUUGGUUGGUGAAGGAGAUUCAGUCAUCACCCAAGUGCUGAACAAAUCCCUUGCUGAACAAAGACAGCAUGAGGAAGCAAAUAAAACCAAAGAUCAAGGGAAGAAAGGGCCAAACAAAAAGCUAGAAAAGGAACAAACAGGUUCAAAGACCUUAAAUGGAGGAUCUGACACUCAAGACAGUAGUCAUCCACAACAUAAUGGUGACAGUAAUGAAGAAAGCAAAGACAGCCACAAGGCCAGCAGUAAGAAAAAGUCAUCUGGAGAAGAGAGAGAGGCUAAAUUAUCUCUGAAGGAAUCACCACUAGAUAACUAGGUUGGCAGUUGUGGGGUGUAAAGAAUAUGUGAAGUCUGUUGUGAGUGGCUUCAUUUUGAAAUACUUAAGCUGCUGAAAGGGUUAAAUUUUUAUAAGCAUAGGUUUUGAGGUUUUAAGUAGUUUAGGGGAAGAAAAUCCCUUUAUGUUUGUGUAAAAGUAAAAAUUAUUACUAAU